CUCAUCGGUGCUCGUCGCUUCGAAUCUGCUGUAAAUUGACGAGACACACCAACAGCACACAUCACGACUCAACGUGUAUGCGUUAAAUAAAUAGCGAACAUUUCCCCCCCCACUGUAUUCUCACUUGGAACAGCGCUCUCUGUGUUCACGGGGUGCAGAAGAUGAACCUUUUCUGUGAGUCUGGGGAGGCUCCGGUGCUGCUGUGUGGGGGAGUGAGGUACAUCCUGUGGCGUUUCCUGUGUUUGUAAACUACACGGUCCUGCAAACCUCUGCAAGUCAAACAAAAAAGUUUUAAUGCUAGAUGAGUGAGGUGGGUGUGCCUUCCCACCAGCCCGACCAUCCUGACUGACGGAUCUCUGGAUGACCUUGUCCCCACCCCUGUCCCUGCGCUCACAUAUACCACAGCAAUGUCCCAUCUGCCCAGCAGCUCAGUCCGCGACCAUAUGAAAUGGGCGGGGCUGCUUGGCUGCGAAGCUGUCCUCUCCAGUAUGGCACUGAUGCAGGCCAGUUCUAUGGCAGCCCCACCCAAAAAAAUGGUGGCUCCCCUUGGCCAUGGACCACCUCAGAGAGAGGGACCUGACCGUGCUCCUCAGAGCCACAUGAUCCUCCCGUCUGGAAUGAGCUGUCCACCACUGCUUAUCCGGAAGGAAGGUGAAUUCCAGACUCCACGCUUACUGGAUGAGAAAGAGAUGAGAGCCAACGAGGACAUGCAACAGAAAAAAAAGAACAGGAAAUCGGUAACGCCCUGUAAAGUGAGAGAACAAGAAGGAAGGGGAGGGAAGGGCGCGGGUGGAGAUGAAAAUGGCCCAUCCUCCAAAGUGCAGAAAAAUUUUAUUUGUGAUCACUGUUAUGGUGCUUUCAGGAGUGGAUAUCACCUGAAGAGACAUAUCCUCAUCCAUACAGGGGAGAAGCCGUAUGCUUGUGCCGUAUGUGACAUGAGGUUUAUUCAGCGUUACCACCUGGAGAGACACAGCCUCAUUCACACGGGGGUGAAGCCGUACGCUUGCACCAUGUGUGACAUGAGGUUUUUCCAGCGUUACCACCUGGAGAGACACAAACUCACUCAUACGGGGGUGAAGCCAUACGCUUGCUCCUUGUGUGACAUGAGGUUCUUCCAACGUUACCAUCUGGCGAGACACACCCUCACACAUACGGGGGUGAAGCCAUACGCUUGCUCCAUGUGUGAUAUGAGAUUUUUUCAACGAUACCACUUGGCGAGACACAGCCUGACUCAUACGGGGGUGAAGCCAUAUGCUUGCUCCAUGUGUGACAUGAGAUUUUUCCAGAGAUACCACCUUGCAAGACACACUCUCACCCAUACGGGGGUGAAGCCAUACGCUUGCUCCAUGUGUGACAUGAGGUUCUUCCAACGUUACCAUUUGGCGAGACACACCCUCACACAUACCGGUGUGAAGCCGUAUGCUUGUACCAUGUGUGACAUGCGGUUUAUUCAGCGUUACCAGCUGGAGAGACACAGUCUUACCCAUACAGGGGUGAAGCCGUACGCUUGCACCAUGUGCGACAAGAGGUUUUUUCAGCGCUACCACCUGGCGAGACACAGCCUCACUCAUAUGGGUGUGAAGCCAUACGCUUGCACCAUGUGUGACAUGAAGUUUUUUCAGCGUUACCACCUGGCGAGACACAGCCUCACUCAUACGGGUGUGAAACCUUAUGCUUGCACCAUGUGCGACAAGAGGUUUUUUCAGCGCUACCACCUGGCGAGACACAGCCUCACUCAUAUGGGUGUGAAACCUUUUGCUUGCACCAUGUGUGACAUGAGGUUUGUUCAGCGUUACCACCUGGCGAGACACAGCCUCACUCAUACGGGUGUGAAACCUUACGCUUGCACCAUGUGCGACAAGAGGUUUUUUCAGCGCUACCACCUGGCGAGACACAGCCUCACUCAUAUGGGUGUGAAACCUUUUGCUUGCACCAUGUGUGACAUGAGGUUUGUUCAGCGCUACCACCUGGUGAGACACAGCCUCACUCAUACGGGGGUGAAGCCGUAUGCUUGUUCCAUGUGUGACAUGAGGUUUAUACAGCGUAACCACCUGGAGAGACACAGCCUCACUCAUACGGGAGAGAAGCCAUUUGCAUGUGACAUGUGUGACAUGAGGUUUAUUCAGCGCUACCACCUGGAGAGACACAAGCGUGUUCACAGCGGGGAGAAGCCUUAUCAGUGCGAACGGUGCCAGCAGAACUUCUCACGCACAGACCGGCUGCUGCGACAUCGGCGGUUGUGCCAGGGUCGCAGCGUAGCUAAAGUAGAAAACCAGCCCUGCUGUGAUCCACGCCCCUAUCCCCAGGAGCCCCCACCUGCACCCCCGACCUGGAGUCCUCUGCACCCCCCUCCAGGACGGCUGGCAGUCUGACAUUCCACCCUGCCUGCAUCCACAGCGCCACCGCCAACGGAACGAGCCACAGGGUUUCCUCUUUCUCAGCUCUGGGCAGAGUGGAGUCGCAUUCUCGCUCAGCCGGACGCCACAUCUCCAUUCUUGGAAUAAACUAUGGGCUUUUAGGUUUUUGUUCACUUUCUACUGUUCUUUCUUUCUUUUUUUUUUAACAUGAAACUUUAAUGUGCUGAACAAUGGCCCUGUUUUAUACUAAAUUGACCCCCUCCCUACACAAAGGAAUCCACAUCUGGCAGUAAGGCUUGGGUGGCAGGGUGCUACAGAAAGCUUUUUAGCUUCUGGUUUUUGUUUUAUGUGGACAACUGUCAGUUCAGGUCAGAUUUGAUAAAAACAGAUUUUCUCUCUAAAUUGUUUUCAGCUGGAAGUUAAAAUGUGACAGAUUAAAACAUUUCAAUGGAAAAAGAAAAAAAUCAUAGUUAAGGAAACAACUGUGACCAAAACAUGCAGGUGCUUUCACAAUGGGACGCUAGUUUUUCAUCUUUCAUGCAGAAAAACGGGCCCAAAAACCCCCCAGAAUGGUUCCGAUUCAGUCUGGUUCUGCUGUCGGCUGUAAAGGGAACCAGAGAGAAUGACGUUUUAUCAAUGGUGUGGUUAGUUUGGAACGGCACCCUCAAAAACUGUUCCUGACAUCAUUUAGUAUGUGUUACUGUCACUUCAGCUGUAUACAUACGUAUAAAUAUAUAGAAAGAUAUAUAUACAACCUAUAUAAAGAGAGACUUCCAGUGUUUUCAUCAAAAGUCGACUCUUCUGUAAAUCUGUGGGAGGCGGAGGGAUGCAGGUAGAUCUCUGAACGUCCCACCAUGCCGUUUGUACAGAUCGUCACAUUGUGAGAUUAGCAUUCGUAUACAAAAUAUUGUGGCCUUAGUAUGUUUCUUUCUUUUAUUUUUUUUAAUCUUGGGUUCCCCAGAUGCCUUUUUAAAAUCUGUUUUUUUAUAUCAUUGUGAAUCAAAUGCAAAUACUCUUUUAUUUCUUUUAUUCUGAUACUGUUGUGGUUUUUGAAAACUGCUGACGCGGGUGGUUUAAACUGGACUAAUGAGUUAUUCUGAUUAGCUGUCCACUUUGUGAUAAAAAUUACUACUAUAGGUCUUUUUAUUUUUUACUGCUAACAUCAUCACAGUAUAUAAUGCUAAAAGGGUUCCUUUGAAGGAGAGGGUGGUGCUGAUGGGGCUCCCCGCUGCAGUUUGGCUUCAGCCGACGCUCACUUGGAACUCUGCAACACAAAGAAAAAGCUUUGCCAUCCAGAUGUUCUGCUGUGGAUGUGUAAAAGUUGUCAUUGGGUCGAGCCGUGAGUGAAGUGGCUGUGGGAAGGAGGAUGAACUCUCAGAUGCUGUGACUGGUUUUCCAGCCUGGAGACAAAGAGGUGGCUGAUGGUGUUGGACUUUCUCAAACUUGCUCCUUUCUGUCACUGUUACACUCAUAUCCACGGCCUGAGGGGUCCACGCUGGGCCUGAGGGGUCCACGCUGGACCUGAGGGGUCCACCCUGGGCCUGAGGGGUCCACGCUGGACCUAUGGGGUCCACGCUGGGCCUGAAGGGUCCACCCUGGGCCUGAGGGGUCCACGCUGGACCUAUGGGGUCCACGCUGGGCCUGAGGGGUCCACGCUGGGCCUGAGGGGUCCACGCUGGGCCUGAGGGGUCCACGCUGGACCUAUGGGGUCCUGGGUGGAUGGGCUGCUCCACAGGCCACUUUUUGUUUACUGGAUCACGAAGGAUUCCUGUGGUCUCUUUAUCCCUUCCAAAUAAGCGUCAGAGUCCUGCAAUAAGCGAUAUUUUACCAAAGGUUUUAUUGGUUACUGGUCCUGGUUUUUUAAGACGAGGUUGUAAAAAAUGCGCCAUUUUUAUCCUGGAGUCCGAGGUAACAAAAAGGGCCGAGUUUGAGAAAUGCAAAAUAUUUCGCUUUGGUAACACUAUUCCCAUCCGUGGAGGGUAUGAGCACAUGCGGGGAAAUGGCGGCAGGGCAAUACAGUAUAUAGUUCUUGUCACUUGUUAAUAACUUUUUUCAUUUAUUAGUUUUUAGUAUUCUCAACAUUGUUGAAAGGAGCUCGACUCCUUCGAUCAUUUCUUAUAAGACAGAUAUUUGAAUUUUGCUUCCAGACAGAUCAAAGGAAGACUUUGUCUGGGGCUUUUUUGUUUCUUUGCAUCAUGUUUUGAUGAGUUUCAAGGACCUUUUAUUUUGUUUUUUGGAUGAAAACGACACUGGAGUGAAAAGAAAAAGACAAAAAAAGAUAUGGAUUUUUUUUUUCCUUCAAUCUGUAUUAGGUUUUAGACAAAGCCCUUUCUCCUCAACCCAACUAAAGAAGGUGAACGGAACAAUUUGGAUCAGUACAGUUGGGAGCCCGGUCUGUUCUGUACUUUUGACAUUAGGGGGCGUAGUACUGCAGAAAGAGACUUUCUUUCUUCUACAGUCCCUGGUUUUUGUAGUAAAUGAAACUGAUAUUAGAUGAACAGCAGCAUAACAAUAGCUAUCACAGAUUAGUUGUCUUCUUUUUUUAGUCUUGCAUGCAGUUAUGGUCCUCAGUUAAAAUAGGAUCUUGAUAUUGAUUAUUUUGUGUAGGAAAAUGAGUGCAUAAGAACUUCCUAAAAUUGUUUUUGAUUAUUGUAAAAUGGGCUAACUAAUAUGUACCCUUGUGAUCCAAGUAGUUUCAACUGUAUAAAAAAAUCAGAGGAGAGGCUUCUUACUAUUAUGCUAAAAUAAAGAAUUUGUAAAGGA